ACCUGGGUAGGUAGAUAUUUUUUCGGAUAUUGAAUUGAAAUCGUACUGGACAAACAUUGUAUGACAGAAAAAAAAACUUGAGAUACCGGAUUAGUGAGAAUUCAGAACUGAGCAAUGUGCCAGGCAACCUGUAUAGUGGAACAGUAAAUCUGUAUCCUAAACUUACUUUAAAAAAAUGGUGAUAGACAACACUUCUGCUAGUCAUGAGGUCGAGUUGUGUGAAGAAGAAAUGGAAGAAGUCAUGAAGAAGUUGAUUGAAGGCCAGCAUUUCCUAGUGAACUUAGGAGAGGAUAUCCCAACUGGAACUCCACCUUGGUUUGAUGAGAAGAAAUUUGAAGCUGGAAAACAGUUUGUGAAAAAAUAUUACGGUGGUAUCUUUUUUUGUCACCUUGUUUCACUAAUUAUGAUGCUGUAUUCGCCGCAAGUGCUUAAACCGCUAAUCUUUACGGAAAAAUCGGAAACUCCUAAAAAAUCUUACCGGAGAUACCUUAGUACGACAAUUCACGUCAUCAGUUGGUACAUGGGCGAUAUGUGGCAAACUGAUAGCAAAGCUCGCCGAAGUCUUCGAUUGGUACGACAAUAUCACACGGAUACUGCGACACGUCUCAAUUCUGUUGAGAUUCGUCCGUCAGUCGACAACACGGAUAUCACUCAAUGCGGCCUUCCGCUUCAUAAAGGCCAUCCAAUACUUGAGGUGUUACAGAAGGACUUCAGCUCCAUUCCUAAUUGCCCGUUCUUGUCUCAGUUAAAUGGGAACUAUAAAAACACGGAUGUUUUCCCUGUUCAGCAGAUCCCAUAUCUUAAUCAGCUGGACAUGAGUGGAACGCAGUUUGCCUUUAUGGGACUCGUUUUGCUACAUCCAGAGAAAUUUGGUAUUUCUCGCGCCACUGAAAGUGAACUGGAGGGAUUUGUUCAUAUCUGGCGUUGUAUUGGCUGGAUUCUUGGAAUCGACGAUCGCUUCAAUUUUUGUCGAUUGGAUAGUUUGCCGCAAGCCCGUCGCUGGACCCGUUACUUUGCAGACAAACUAGUUUGCCCGUUAAUGAAAAUGUCAGUCACAGCAGAAUACGAACAUAUGGGCCGAGCUGUGGCAGACGGUGCCCGAUGUUAUACAGGCGUUUCUUAUGAAACAUUUUAUCUCUUCAUCGCUUGGGUACUUGAUCUCCAAAUGCCUCAACUUGAAAAACAUGCCUCCCUCGCCGAUAAGUUCAGCUUUCGCAAGUUAACCUACUUCUUUGGUGUCAUUGGCAACCUCCCUUUUGGAAAUUACAUUGUUAACGGUGUCAUUUACUUCACUCUGAAGCUCAUAAUCGAUCCACCUCGCUUCUGGCCUAGAAGGUUUCGUCCGCCGAUGAUCAAAGGCUUGAAAGAGUUAUGGGUCCACACCUGAAUCUAGUGAAUAACAAUAGUCACAUAUUAGAACCAUUAUGUUUCUAUAGGCUAGUCAUCGUCUUUUUGUUAUUAGAACUGUUGACACAAAUUGGCUGUUUCAAAAUACAAAGAUGUAACAGUU